GGUCCUCAGAACUAUGAGGCAGUUGUGCUAACCAGUCGUCCACCAUGCCCCCUGUUAAUAAAUAAAUUUUUCAAAUUUUUGACUAACUGUUCCAAAUGGAUGCUGUGUCACCAUUCAAUUCACUUGAUUGUUCUAUUUCCUAGCAAUAAUUGCUACUAUUAGUAUGCUAUGUUGAUAACUAUAAAUCAUUAGCUACAAUGACUCAAAUGUCCACGUAAACAUUAGUAGUAUAGUAGCCGUAAGAAAACAUCGCUGUCACCUUGACUUGUGCCUACUGACGGUAAUGAGUGCCACAAUAUGGCGGCCGCUGUGACGUAUGGAGGUCGGGCAUCUAUAGUUGUUGACGCUUUUGGUGACGUACUUCCGAUCCGGUCCGUGCUCGGCAAAUGUCUUUUGGGUUCACUUCCUGUUCCAUCCACAACAGCGGGAAAAUGGACGGACGCAAGCACUGGGGCGCUUACGACGACGACACAGAGAUGGGCAAUUAUAAUGAAAUGGAUAAUUUCCACUUUUACAACGAGAGUGAUAAUUAUGAGUUCAGCAGAACGACAAAUGAUCGGCACAGUGCGCCACUCGGCAGCGGCUCGGGCCGCUACAACAACGACUCGGGCCGCUACAACGACGACUCGGGCCGCUACAACGACGACUCGGGCCGCUACAACGACGACUCGGGCCGCUACAACAACGACUCGGGCCGCUACAACAACGACUCGGGCCGCUACAACAACGACUCGGGCCGCUACAACAACGACGCUAGCUUCCAGCGUUUCCCGCAAGAAACCCCCGGCUGUAGCGGUCGCGACGCUAGCUUCCAGCGUUUCCCCCAAGAGACGCCCGGCAGCGGUGGUCGCGACGUUAGCUUCCAGCGUUUCCCCCAAGAGACGCCCGGCAGCGGCGGUCGCGACGUUAGCGUCCAGCGUUUCCCCCAAGAGACCCCGGGCUGCGGCGGUCGGAACAACCGAAAUACUGCGGAGGAAGUUUGUUGUUGCCCGGCACACGAAGGACGUAUGUGUGCCACGCUGGCAGCCGCCUUACCAGGCCUGAUAGGUGGUGUCGCAGGACAAAGCGGCCUCAUGAUGAAACCGUUCCUGCCUUUUCCUAUUGACAACACUGCUGCUCCACUUGCAAUGCCUCCCAUUUUCCCAAACUUCAACACGAUGGACCCGGUGCAGAAAGCGGUGAUCAAGCACACGUUUGGAGGCGUGGCCAAGGCGAGGCAGAGGAAGCAGCCAAUCAAGUGCAGCGUUUGCCAGCUCAGGUUCAACUCGAACUCGCAGGCCCAGGCUCACUACCGAGGCACCCGGCAUGCCAAGAAGCUGAAGAUGCAGCAGAAAAACGACAACAACAAGCUUUCAAUCAAGAAACGAGCAAAUGACACUGGCGCCAUCCCUCCAACAGCACCGAGCAUCAAUCGGAACACAGAAGUCGGCAGCCAGGCUAGCCUGGGCUCCAAACCUAGCUCUGCCCCGGCCUCACCUCCUCUUCCUCAGGAGACUCCUCCCACUUCAGAGUGGGAGACAGAGCAGGCUAAGAAGCUGCUCUACUGUUCGCUCUGCAAAGUGUCCGUCAACUCGCUCAUGCAGCUCCACGCCCACAAUUCAGGCACCAAGCACAAGACCAUGUUGGACGCUCGUAGCAGUUCAGGUUCGAUUAAAGCGUUCCCGCGAGCUGGCGUGAAGGUGAAGUCCAGUCCCGGGGCUCCUGCCAGUACACCGUUGAAGGGUUCCGGGCUCCAGAACAAAACCUUCCAAUGUCAAACCUGCAAUGUCCAUGUCAACUCUGAGAUUCAACUCAAGCAGCACAUCUCCAGCAGAAGGCACAAAGACCGUGUGGCAGGAAAGCCGACCAAGCCCAAAUUCAACAAAAGUCAACGCAUGGAGGUGACCAGGCCCCCACUGUCCGCCUCCUUCGUCCCGUCCUCAUCUACCUUCCUCCGUCCUGCGCCUGGACCAAUCAGAGUGAGCCAGGGCUCCUCCAUGCUCUUUUCGCCCUACUGAAGCAAGAAAUCCUGGGAAAACAACAGCAACAGGUUUGGAGGUUCUUCCUCUUCUGCCCCAAGCUUUCGCCAAGAGUGAUGUGUCCAGCUGUGAGGUCAUCAAGCUGUCGUCCAAUCAGCGUGCAGGACUUCCAGAACAAAACUUCCUCCUUCCUGCUCCUCCUGGAUUUAACAAACUCACAAACGCUGGCCACUAAUGUUGGCAUUGUUAGCUCACACAAAACCUAGCCACUUGCAUUUUCACUAAUGUAAUGGCGUGCUUUUUUUAUUCGCCCUUUUGAACACGUGGCUAACCUUAGCGGUGAGACAAUACAAACUUCAGCAAUUGGCUUCCGCUAAUAGCACACAAUGGAGGUUUUGGCUGGCAGUGACAACACAGUAUGACGAAAACAACAUUUAAUUGAUUUAUGUUUUUUUUUUUAACAAUUUUAUCUUCCUACUGUGUGGACCAGACAUUUAGAAGUUAGCGUUAGUAUCAUUAUGGAUUGAUUGGUUGAAUGUUUUGUGGUCGACGUGUAAAAUUGCGUCGUCCUGAACAACUUGAAAGUCGCUGGUAUUGGGGUGAAACCAAUGUCCAAAUUUGGUCUACAGUGGAUCUAUACAUGUUCAUGGUUCCUACUUGUUUUUUAAAAAAAAAAAAUCUUUCUUUCUGUUUUCCCACCUGAUUUUCGUGGAAAACGCUUAUUGGCGGUAGGUAUAUCCUCAGUUAUUAAGGAUUGUUUGGGUUAAAAAAUACAAAUAAAAAAAAGUCUCAAUGCAGUCAUAAUGAGCGGCAAUUAUUCGUAGAUUUUCACUAUUCACGGUCACGCCCAGUCCUUAUCACCUGUGAAUAGUGGGGGUCCACUGUAUUUCCUUUUUUUUUUUAACAAAUCGAUGCUAUUGGUCAGUCCCCACGUAGUCUGUUAUUUUUAGAAAUGAUUGGUAAAACUAAAGUAUUGAAAAUGGCUUGCUCUCAUGUUGAUGACUUGGAUCUUUUUUUGCCAUUUCCUGAAAAGUGAUGUCACUAUGUGCAGUCUUGAUGAUGAUGGAACCAGCAAAAGCAGCUCCUUCUCCACUUCUGAUGAUGUCAUCAAGAUGCAAAAAUGUCAAAAAUGCAAUAUUCAUAGUUAGUUGUACUUGUGAAAUUUGUAAAUACUUUUUUCACAUUU